AAAUGCAAUUGCAUUCGGGAAAUACCAGGCGGGGAAUAGGAAAAGUACCACCAUGCGAGAAUUCAUACUACGCUAUUUGGCAGCUCUAAGUAUCUAAAAAAACAAAAGGAUAGAGGCGAAAUAUAGCACACUGCAGCUGAAUAAGUUCGGGUUUAUUUGGGAAGGGCGACAUAUUUGUCGAAGUAUGUUUUGAGUAAAGAUAAAACCGCGGAUUUGGCCCUCACGCGGGCAUCUUUCAAAGCUAACUAGCGUGUUAGCAGUGAUGCAGGUUUGCUCGCUGAGCCUCUUGAGUGGGUGAAGUCCAAAUAGCUAGUUGGUCAUAAAUGUGUGACUCUUAAAACAAAAUGUCUGGCUUUAACUUUGGAUCAGGAACUCUUGGUUCCACCAGCACGGGUGGGGGAUUCGCGUUUGGGGCAUCAACCAGCGCACCUGCCGCCAGUACCGGUGGCUUCUCUUUCGGGACUGCUCUGGGUACAGUAGCGGCCACUCCUGCCUCCACCACCAGCACCACUCCAUCUCUUGGCCUGGGAGGCAGUCUCUUUGGUCAGAAACCUACUGGAGGAUUCUCUUCAAGCGCUGCUGCACCCACUACAGGCCUUACAUUAGGUGCCCCAGCCACUACAGCUGCCUCAACGGGCUUUAGCUUGGCUUUCAACAAGCCCACUGCCUCAGCGACACCGUUCUCCCUCACCACCACAGCUACCACCUCCUCGUCAGCCCCUGCUGGGGCGGGUUUAACAUUUGGCUCUGUCCUGACGUCCACAGCACCACAGCAGCCUGCAGCCACCUCUUUUACCCUCGGCCUUGGUGCCACUACAACAACCACAGCAGCCUCAACAGUCCCCUCUCUGGGUGGGGGUCUCUUCUCCAGCACUGUGUCUACAGGUUUGGGUCAGACCACUCUCGGAGGAGGUGGGUUAACCCUAGGUUCUCUGUUAGCUGCUCCCACAACAGCAUCGGUGGCCCCUGCACCCAGUAUUGGCCUGGGAGGAGUCGACUUCAGCACUUCCUCUGAGAAUAAGAGCGACACAUCGUCUGGAGCCAAUGCACAGGACAGUAAAGCCUUAAAAGAUGAGAAUCUGCCCCCAGUCAUUUGUCAGGAUGUCGAGAAUUUCCAAAAAUUUGUGAAGGAGCAGAAACAAGUUCAAGAGGAUAUCAGCAGGAUGUCAUCUAAGGCCAUUUCUAAAGUCCAAGAUGACAUCAAGAGCCUCAAACAGCUUCUCUCUGUCAGUGCCAGUGGUCUGCAGCGCCAAGCUUUGGCUAUAGACAAACUAAAGCUGGAGACAGCGCAGGAGCUGAAAAAUGCAGACAUAGCACUGCGUACACAAAAGACUCCCCCUGGACUUCAACACGAGAACACUGCUCCAUCUGAUUAUUUUCGCAGCCUGGUGGAGCAGUUUGAGGUGCAGUUACAGCAGUACCGACAGCAGAUAGAAGAGCUGGAGAACCACCUGACAACGCAGAGCACUGGUUCCCACAUCACUCCUCAGGACUUGACUUUGGCCAUGCAGAAGUUGUACCAGACAUUUGUUGCACAGGCUGCCCAGCUCCAGUCAGUUCAUGAAAACGUCAAGAUCUUAAAGCAUCAGUACCUUUCCUAUCGUCGGGCAUUCCUAGAAGAUUCCACGGAUGUCUUUGAGUCCAAACGGGCAUCCAACAGGAAGUGGCAGAGUACCCCGAGAGUCACAACAGGGCCUGCCCCAUUCUCCAGUGUGCCCAACGCUGCAGCUGUUGCCAUGGCAGCCACGUUGACCCAGCAACAGCAGCCAACUCCAGGGACCCAGGCACCCUUGGGGGCAGGGUUUGGAAACCCCUUUGCCUCGGCAGUGGGCACUAGCUUGGGCUCCUCUACCCUUGGAGGUUUUGGUGGUGGGCCAGGAUUUGGUGGGGUGGGGACUGGGGGGUCUUCUUUUGCCUUCUCCUCCACCAGUAAGCCCACAGGAGGCAGUCUGAGUGCAGGUUUCGGUAGCAGCAGCAGCACAGGCUUCAACUUCAGUAAUCCUGGCAUCAACCCCUCGGCCGGUCUGACCUUUGGGGUGUCUAAUCCACCCGCUGCAGGCUUUGGCACAGGAGGGCCUCUUCUCCAGCUCAAGAAGCCCCCUGCUGGUAAUAAGAGGGGCAAGAGAUAGAACCAGGAAAAGACAGAACCCUGUGACUGACCAGCUGACCACCUUGGGGUUUGUAGCGGGUAAGGCCUGGUCUCCCAAAAGCAUAUAAGCGCUACAAUAAUCAUUAUCCAACUACAGAGCAAAGAAAAUGGAAAUUUGAGGAAGUCACCAGGGAGAUGAACACGGGAUCACCCAUUUAAAAUCAUUUGGAGGUAUAUGUUCAAUAAACAAUGAGAAAAAUAAAAUCCCAUUGACCAGCUGUAUUACCUUUCUCAUACAUUGGUCCGGUGGUUGAUUUAUUUUAGUUUGAUUCCAGAUUUCUGAGUCCUUUGCUAGUAUCAGUAAAAAAUAAAAAAAAUAAAAAGCUGCCCACAUUCACAUGUUCUUCUUAGACUCAUUCAAACAAUAUCAUUACAUUACUUAAUACUCAGUAGUAACUCUGAAAUAAUCAGUGGUGUGUGUGGAAAGGUUAAAAAUGGUGUUUGCAGAAUUUUUUAACAUGAGUUUGUCAUUGCGUUGCCUCAAAAAGUUGCCUUGCACACUAUGAUCUGUAGCAUUACCAAUGCUUUUGGGUUUUCCAGCCAUGGGCAGAGCUGGGUCAAUUCACAUCAUAUCACUUAUCUAUGAGGAAUUGCUUUAGUCUGAAUAUUUUACACGAUAGAUAUGUUUUUGUGCUUUGAGGUGGACAGUGCAGUUGGUUCCAUUGUGUUACACAAACUCUUGUCAAUUGUAAAACUGCACUUAAAAGCCUCUUAAAUGAUGACUUGGCCCAAGUCCCGUCCAGGGAAGGGUAAGAUAAGGCAAAGGGAAAAGAGGCUUAUGGGGUAAUAGUUGGUUAGGAGCAGCAGAGUCUGUGUCCAAAGGUGUCAGUGGGGAGUAUUAUCUGAUAGUUUUAUAGGCACAGGAGAGUGUCCAGGGUGGGUUUUUGGGGAUGCACAGUUUUAUUUUUGUAUCAAGUGGAGAAAGAGACAUUCGGGAGGGGUAAAAGGGGACUAGCAGUUCAUAAUCUAGUCCACAUAACCUGUGUUGUUUUCGCUAGACUCCAUCCUUAUCAUUGUUAAAUACUUUUUAGACACAUUUUGUUUGCCCUGUGUACCACUCUAAGAACUUGGGAGAGGAAACGCUGUGCUGUUUGUAUUACAUGGCUCCCAUUAGAUGUCAAGUUAGCUGAAUCUGAAUCGAAUUUCACAAAGCAGAUUCUACCUACGCAGCUCGAUUUAUACAUGUGCUAGAACAAAUUUGCACUUGCCAGUGUAUGUGACCUGACAGUGAUUGUGUGAAUGUGCAUGUGUGCCUAUUGCACAAGUAUGAAUUUGUCUCUUUGGUCUAUCAUAGUUGCUCGACUUCUUUUGUGGUUCGGGGGGAGGGCAGUGGGAGGGGGAGGGUAUUCUGCUUUUUUUAAAUUGUCCAUGUCAGUUCCAAUACCAAAUACUGGUAGUUGUACUAUUAUUUUCUAAUCACAGUCUGUGUAAACCUGUAUUUUCAAGAAGCUGUUUAAUAAUAAAAUCUUCAAUAUGAUGUUUUGCCUGUUUAUGGCAUUACUUCAAUAAAUGUGUAUGUUGACACAA